GAUAAAACAAGAUAGCAAAGAUCACGUAGAGGAAUAAUUGUGUGGCACCACAGAUCGUAUUGUUUAUAAGUUUAUAUUUCAAGUGGCAUCCAUCAUUGACUCGUUAUAGUCGACAGAAUGAAGUCUUGGGCGCUAUUUGUUUACGCACUACUGUUAGCAGGAGGUGCAUUUGCAGCAGAGAUUAUAAAAACAAAUAAUACUACUCGGGAAGUAGAAUAUUUAGAUCAAGAAUUUUUCAAUACCAAAAUUGGAGCCGAAGAACGUGUGAUUAUAACUGCGUAUGCUUUUAAUAAAAAAGAAAAAUGUUUUAUUAAAUUACCUAAUGAUGUACAGUACAGUAUCGAUGAAAACUCAAAUAUACCUGGAAUAAAAAUAGUUGAAGACCCCAAUGUUGCAUGUGGGAUUAUUGUUAAUGUUCAAUCCGAAGAUAUGAUAGGUGAAUGGGAGCUGAUUGCCUGGGAGUUAAGAUAUUCCGAUCCUAUCGAGAAAAGGUUGCCGUUCACCAUAUACGUCGAAGAGAAUAUUAAUGCAGCACCAAAACAAGUUACAAUAACUGAAGGUAGUGAUCUAUAUUUGCAUUUGGAGAAUCCUACAAACCUUCAUGAAACUUGCAAGCUUAUUGGACCGGAUAAAAAAGAGAGGACCAAUGUUGAAUCGGAUUCAAAUUAUGUUGACAGUUGUGGGUUCGUAAUCAAAGGUAUAAAAGUAUCUGAUAAUGGAAAAUGGGAAAUUAGAUAUGGAAAUGGAGUAAUUUUUAGAGCAUUCACCAAAGUAACAGUUAAUGAAAUAUGGAAAGGCCAACAAAUGGAUUUUAUCUGGACGAAAGAUAGAUCAGUAAAUAUUACUAUUGGGCCUGAAGAUGCUGUUUACUGCAAAAUUGAGGAUCCCCAUGGCUAUGUCGUAUUUGAUGGAUUCGGUGCAUGUAAUAUAGCAUUGGGACGAGUUCGUAGAGAGCACAAUGGUCUUUGGAAAAUGACCGUCGGUUUAUCUGGAAAAGUUUUGACCGAAGAAUAUGACUUUACAGUUACAGUAACAGAAGCGGCGCAAAAACCUACAGUGAUCACUCAUGUGGAAAAGCAACAACCAGAAGUGCUACUAACAUGUUCAGUGCCGACUGAGUACGAAGUGCAUGCUUGUAAAUUCCGUGAUCCGUCUGGCCGUGUGCUGCUGGCUAAUGAGGGUGUAGGAGAAAGCCGGUACAGCUUCCAUGGGGCAGGAGUUAGUUUGAAUUCUCAAGUUCAAACACAUGAAUGCGGUCUUCGUAUCACAAACCCUCAAACUUCGGACCUUGGCUUGUGGCGAUGCGCUGUUGAAACAGAAGCUAAAGAAUACUAUGGAUUUUUAACAGUACUUUGUCCUUGGGCCAUGCAGGAUUCAGAAGUCGCUGCUUCUGUAGUAUCAGAACCUGUCUUAACCACCCAUCUCGAUAAAAUCACAGCCGUAGAGGGUGACACUGUGACCAUGUCGUGCUCGGUACAGUCCGCAAUAAGGUACUGUUACUUUAGAGCGUCCAAUGGAUCCAUCUACAACAUUUCACCUGGUACCACAUCGGAGACAAUGGAAUAUGUGGGCGCUGGCUUAGAUGCUGGUGAGUGUGGUGUCAAAUUCAAAAACCUGCUGGCUUCUGACAGUGGCAGAUGGAGUUGCCACGUCGGUUUUUCAGACUUCAAUGAACCAGAACAACGGGCGGAAUUCGAUGUUACUGUAAAUGAACCAAUAUCUGCUCGACAGUACACUGAGCAGAGUACACUGGUUGUGGAGGGUCAGGUGUACAACAGUCGACAGCUGGAAUACUGCAGAUUCGUUCGUAUCGACGGUCAAGGUAUCAUUUCAACUAACCUUCCCGACCGGUAUACCAGCCAUGAUUCGCUAGCCACCGGUCAUUGUGCAAUACGGAUCCAAGACGCGACAAUCUUGGACCGUCACCCGUGGACUGUGGUUGCCAGGAUCCUAGGCCAAGAUGUGGAGAUAUCUCAGAGCACAUCUCUUACUGUUACCAUGCCUCCUGCUUUGGAACCUGAAAAUGCGAAAAAACUCAUUCAUUGGUUUCCAAUGACGUUGCUGGGAAUUAUGCUGUUCAGUUUAAUUGUACUACUUGUCCCCAAGAAGAACCGCAGUAAAACUAUUGACAGGAUGUGCAUCAUGAGAGACAGCAUUCGAAAUAGUUUCCAGAAGAAGCCAUUGCAUGACCCUGUUCAAAACAUUGGUGUCAUGGCAGCGUAAUCAUUUCUAUCUUCAGUUUAUUAUCUUUUAAUUAUCUAUAUGUAUGUGUAAUCUAUAUACUUAAAACGUUUUUAUGUAAAAAACUAAUAUGGAACAUUUAUUAAAUAUAUUUGUUAAUUUUGAAAAAAAA